UUAUUUUCAAGCCAUACCGAAAAGCAGAGUCCUGACCACUGACCAGCAUGAGCAACAUCUACAUCCAGGAGCCCCCCACCAACGGGAAGGUUUUAUUGAAAACUACAGCUGGAGAUAUUGACAUAGAGUUGUGGUCAAAAGAAGCUCCUAAAGCUUGCAGAAAUUUCAUUCAGCUUUGUUUGGAAGCGUAUUAUGACAACACCAUUUUUCAUAGAGUGGUUCCUGGUUUUAUAGUCCAAGGGGGAGAUCCUACUGGCACAGGGACUGGCGGAGAGUCUAUCUAUGGAGCCCCAUUCAAGGAUGAAUUCCACUCACGGUUACGUUUUAAUCGGAGAGGACUGGUUGCCAUGGCAAAUGCUGGUCCUCAUGAUAAUGGCAGCCAGUUUUUCUUUACACUGGGUCGAGCAGAUGAACUCAACAAUAAGCAUACCAUUUUUGGAAAGGUCACAGGGGAUACAGUAUAUAACAUGCUGCGGUUGACAGAAGUUGACAUAGGUGAGGAAGAAAGACCACGUAAUCCACACAGAAUAAGAAGCUGUGAGGUUUUGUUUAAUCCUUUUGAUGACAUCAUUCCACGAGAAAUAAAAAAGCCAAAAAAAGAGAAACCAGAGGAAGAAGUAAAGAAAUUGAAGCCCAAAGGCACAAAAAAUUUUAGUUUACUUUCAUUUGGAGAGGAAGCUGAAGAAGAAGAGGAGGAAGUAAAUCGAGUUAGUCAGAGCAUGAAGGGAAAAAGCAAAAGUAGUCAUGACUUGCUUAAGGAUGAUCCCCAUCUCAGUUCUGUUCCAGCCGUUGGAAGUGAAAAAGGUGAUGCAGUAGGAGAUUCAGCUAAAGAUGGAGAAUAUGAAGGUGCAGAGCAUGAUGAAUAUAUUGAUGGUGAUGAGAAGAAUCUAAUGAGAGAAAGAAUUGCAAAAAAGUUAAAAAAGGACACAAGUGGAAAUGUUAAGUCAGCUGGAGAGGGAGAAGUGAAGAAAUCAGUUAGCCGCAGUGAUGAGCUCAGAAAAGAAGCAAGACAGUUAAAGCGGGAACUCUUAGCAGCAAAACAAAAAAAAGCAGAAAAUGCAGCAAAACAAGCAGAAAAGAAAAGUGAAGAGGAAGAAACUGCUCCUGAUGGUGCUGUUGCAGAAUACAGAAGAGAAAAGCAAAAGUAUGAAGUUCUGAGGAAGCAACAGGCAAAGAAAGGAACUUCUCGGGAAGACCAGACCCUGGCACUGCUGAACCAGUUUAAAUCUAAACUCACUCAAGCAAUUGCUGAAACUCCUGAGAAUGACGUUUCUGAAGCAGAAGUAGAAGAUGACGAAGGAUGGAUGUCGCAUGUACUUCAGUUUGAGGAUAAAACCAGAAAAGUGAAAGAUGCAAGCAUGCAAGAUUCAGACACAUUUGAAAUCUAUGAUCCUCGGAAUCCAGUGAAUAAGAGAAGACGAGAAGAAAGCAAAAAGCUGAUGAGAGAGAAAAAGGAAAGAAGAUAAAAUGACAGUAAUGUUAACUAGAACUAGCUAGAAAUGUGCCUGCAAUAAGUGGCCUUAUAACAGCCAUUGUUCCCAACAGCAUCACUUAUAAGGGUGUGAAAAGAAGUAUUUUCGAACCUGUUGUCUGGUUUUGAAGAACAAUUAUCUUAUGUAAAUUGUGGAAUGAUUUAAGCAAAUGUUUUUGGUUACCGGUACAUGCUUUUUUUGCCCUCCAUUUGACCUUUUAUAGUGCAAAAUCUGAAAUAAAAUAAAUUUCCUGCCAGUUUACAUGUUAACUAUUUGUCGACUGUGCCAGCCUGUGUGUCUGUUUAUCCUAAAAUAUGUGAAGGCUUUGUUUUCAAGAUUUUUUUUAUAAGAAGUUCUUGCAAAAAAGAGUAUUUAAGGGAAAGCUCCCUGGCAUUCUGUUACCACAUUACUAAAUUUAGAAUAUAAUAAAAAAAUACAUACUAUAAAGAUUGAUUUUUGUUGUUGUUGUUUUGGAUAUAAAUAUCUAAAAAUAGCCAAAUCAGUAAGACUCAGUAGCCCCAUGCCUUUUUUUUUAAAGAUUUUAUUUAUUUAUUUGACAGAGAGAGACACAGCGA